AUGCUAGGCAAAGGUGGCUUCGGCAGAGUCUACCAUGCUGUGCAUCGACUAGAUGGCGUCUCGUACGCAGUCAAGCAAAUUCCUUUAAGCAGCUCUCGUGUCUGGAAGAUUCAGCAACGGGGCCAGCCGGAGCUAAACGCACUUUUAGCUGAGUUGCGGAUUCUGGCGCGUCUGGAUCAUCCAAAUAUUGUGCGGUACUACGGUGGCUGGCUUGAGUAUUCGACAGUGGCACCGUUGUCUAUUAAUGACAUCGAACGUGGCUUGCUCCAGGGUAUUCCAAGCUCAGGAAUCGAUUCACAGGAUGCUGACAGUGAGCUCCCCAAUGCUGCCACCGACGCAACAUGCUCUGCCCCUGAUACACGGGGGAAACAAGAGGGCUGCGCCUUUGUCUCGUCGACCACUUCAAAUUUCAGCACCGUACAUAGCAUCAGAAUGGAUGAUCAGGACGUUGAGUCGUUGAUAGGAGACCCUGGUCAGGAUGUAGUGUUCGAGGAGAGCACUCGUAAUUCUGAAGCAGUAGACGAACACUCGAUGGCGGAAACUUCCGAGAUUAUCAAUGGCAGCACCCCGUUCCGCAGUGCCCAGCAAAAUAAGACCGCCGGUUGCCCUCGGCUGACGUUGCACAUCCAAAUGUCUCUCCAUCCUAUGACGCUCUCCGACUACGUCUCUCCGUUAAACACCACUCAGCACCAUCAUUGCUUCCACCUGGUCUCCUCUCUGCAAAUUCUUCUGGCCAUUCUCGACGGCGUGGAGUAUCUACAUGCUGAGGGAGUCGUACACCGGGAUCUGAAGCCAAGCAACGUCUUCCUGUCCUCUUACGGAGAUCGUCGUCCAGCAGGAUGCGUCAGUCUAUCGUCAUGUCCUGCGUGUCCCAAGCGCAGUUUCGACAACAACACCGGGUUUCUGAACGUGCGGAUAGGAGACUUCGGGCUCGUAACGGAGAUUGCCCGUCCCCAUGCCGAGCUGGUUGAACCGUAUCAGCCUGUCGGGACAGAGUUCUAUAGGCCACCGGUAUGCUCUGGGCUUGCUAAUGAGAAAUUGGACGUGUAUGCACUCGGUGUGAUUGCUAUCGAGCUUUUGUGGAGGUUCGAGACGAGUAAGUUCAUCUCUCUUAGGUCUCGUUGUCGCCACCGGAGUAACUGA